CAACAUUAUUUUUUUCAAUCAGAUUUAACUAAAAAAAUUUCAUCAUUAUUAAUGAUUGAUGGAAAAUAUUAUCCACUUCAAAAUAAACCGGGAUUUUUUCCAUUUUUUGAUAAUGAUCAAUUAUAUUAUUCGAUUGAUCAUGAAAAUAUUAAAGCCUAUAAUGAAAGUAAUGUUGGUGGUGCUGGUGAUGGUAUUGGUAUUGGUGGUAAACUAAAUACAAAAUUUCUUACAUCACCGGGUUAUUUUUUAUUCAAAAGUUAUGAUAAAAAAACUGGUAAAAAUAUUACCCGUAUACAGUUUAUUUAUUUGAAUAAAAAUUAUGUUGAUCAAUCAUCAUAUUAUACAAGAAAAAAAAGAGAUACUGUUGAUCCAUUAAAACCAUAUGCAAUAUAUAAUUGGACAAAAAUUGAACAUUCACAAGUUAUUAUGAUUAAACAAUUGAAUAAUAAUAAUGAUAAACAACAACAACAAUCGGAUGAAUCAAUAUUUGAUGAUCAAUUAACAUUUGGUUUUAUUGAUCAUAAUAGUAUGAUACAUUUAUGGUUACCAUGGCGUAAUCCACCAUCAAUAGUAUUUAUACCAUAUUUAAAAUAUUUUGAUGAUUCAAUUCGUUUAUCAUAUACAGAAAUAUUAAUGGAAGAAUAUUUUGAAAAUUGUCCAAAAAAAUUUAAUCCAAUACCUGAAGAAGCUAGAAAACAUAGACAAAUUGAUUCAACAAUUUUACGAUAUUUGCCAAUAGUUUUAUUAACAUUAUCAUUACUUAUGUUGUUAAUAUUAUGUGGUGGUAAAUCAGAAAAAAGACAUAAAAAAGGAAAAGGUAAAGAUAAAGGUAGAGGAAAAGGAAAAAAGAAAAAAAAACAUUCUCGUUCUACACGUGAAGAUUCAGAUAUAUCAGCAGAAGGAUCUGAUCAACAAAUGGAACCUGAUUAUGAUGUUGGUGAUGAAGAUGGUGGUGGUGGUGGUGGUGGUGGUGGUGAUCCUAAUCUUGAAAUGGGAAUGGAAGAUAAUCCAGAAUUAUAUGAACAACAACAACUUGAACAACAACAAUUAGAACAGCAACAAUUAGAAGAACAACAACAACAACUAGAACAACAACAACAACUAGAACAACAACAAUUAGAAGAACAACAACAACAACAAAAAGAAUUGCCACCAGAUUCAUCAAUUCAUGAAAAACAAGAUAAAAACCAACAAAAAUCGGAACAAGAAAUGAAAAUGAAAAUGAUGAAAAAUCGUAUGAAAAUUGGUAAAGAUUUUGAUUUUGGUAAAACAACUAAACAUUUGGCACAAAUAUUGGUUGGAAAAGAACGUUCAUCACGAACACCACCAGGAUCACCAAAAAAACAAAUGUUUAAUUCAGAAAUAGGAAAAUAUAAAUCACCAACUAAAAAGAAUGUAUCAUUGAAAAAAAGUAAAUCAUCAAUAAUGAAAAAAAUGGGAAAAAGUAGAAAAUCGAUUAAAAAAGUAAAAGGUGGUGGUGGUGGUGUCAGCAGUGGUGGCGGUGGUGGUGGUGGUAUUUCAAGAGGUAAUAUUCGAUCGGAUUCAAUGAUUGGAAAUCAAUCCAAUCAAAUGAAUACAUCAAAAUUAUUUGCAUCACCUGUAAGUAAAUUAAGACCCGGACAAAAAGAUACAACAAGAAGAAGUUUUCUUGAAUGGUUUUUACCACCACAACGUUCAAGUCGUCAUAUACCAACGCCAAGAAAAUCACGUAAAUCAUCAUCAAGAAUAUCAAAAAUAUCACCAAAAUAUAAAUCACCACCAUAUAAAUCACCAUCAUUCAACAAUAAAUCAUUCAAUAAAUCACCACGUAUAUUACCAGCCGGUAUAUCAGCAUUACCAAGUAUGUCACAAAUUUCAAGACCAAAACAAAUGAAAGGUCUUUCAUUACAAUCAAGCGGUAUUGAUGAUCCAUCAGCAUCAUCAAUAAUUAGUCGAUCAACACAUUAUACAACAAUGAGUAAUGUACAAGAAAAAGUAGUCAAUCGUGGACCAACACAUAAAUUACAUUUUGGUUUUUCCGCUUUUGAAGUAGGUGUUGUACCGAAAAAAUCACCACCAGCUAAAAAAAGACGAUUACGUGCAAUGAGUUCAGAUUUAGAUUUUGAAAGUGGUAUGCAAUGAAAACCAAAACAAACAAACACAUCAGCACAUCAUUAUUAAACACACACACAAACAGACAAAACACACA